CUUUCUGAUGCGUGAUUUGAACGAUUGAUUUGCUGAAUAAAAGUAUCGUAUAUUCUAAUCGGCAAUACUAAAACAUAAUAAUGCACACUCUUUUUACGCGUGGUAAUGCUAUUUUAGCGUAUACAUUGAGUGUAUCGGCGUGUCUAACGUUUUGUUGUUUUCUCUCGACUGUAUUUAUUGAUUAUAGAGCAAAUGCAACAUUAAAUACUGUAAAAGUAGUUGUAAAAAAUGUGCCAGAUUAUAGUGCGUCAAGAGAAAAAAAUGACCUAGGAUACUUAACAUUUGACUUACAAACUGAUCUCACUCCUUUGUUCAAUUGGAACGUUAAGCAAUUAUUUUUAUACCUCACAGCUGAAUAUCAAACAGAAAAUAAUGAUUUUAAUCAGGUAAUAUUAUGGGAUAAAAUAGUGCUUCGUGGGGAUAAAGCUGCACUAGAUUUUAAAAAUAUGAACACAAAAUAUUACUUUUGGGAUGAUGGUAAUGGUUUGAGAGGAAAUAAAAAUGUGACGUUAACGUUAUCCUGGAACAUUAUACCAAAUGCAGGACUUUUACCAAGUGUUAAUGCUCAUGGUUCUCACACUUUUGCAUUCCCACGUGAAUAUACCUCAUUGCGUGUGUAAGACACACUUAUACAUGUAAUAUGUCAAAAUUCAUUGUUUGAUAAUUGUUGAUUACAUAAAGCUAAUGUAUAAUGAAUGUAAUAUUAUUUUCAUGUGACAUUAUUAAA